CUCGUGCAUGAACACAGGGUGCACGCACACUGCUAGCAGAACCCAGUCAGUGUUACGGCACUAAAAUGUCAGGGAAGAGUUUCCGAGUGAGCGACGGGGACUGGAUUUGUCCCGAUAAAAAGUGUGGAAACGUGAACUUUGCUAGAAGAACUAGUUGUAAUAGAUGUGGCAGAGAGAAGACCACAGAGGCAAAAAUGAUGAAAGCAGGUGGAACAGAAAUAGGGAAAACCCUGGCUGAGAAGAGCAGAGGCCUGUUCAGUGCCAACGACUGGCAAUGUAAAACGUGCGGCAAUGUGAACUGGGCCAGGAGGUCAGAGUGCAACAUGUGUAAUACACCCAAAUAUGCCAAGCUUGAAGAGAGAACAGGUUAUGGUGGAGGCUUCAAUGAACGGGAGAAUGUUGAAUACAUUGAAAGGGAAGAAUCAGAUGGUGAAUAUGAUGAGUUUGGCAGGAAAAAGAAAAAGUACCGAGGCAAAACGAACAGCACGUCCUCCUCAAAAGAAAGUGAAAAGAAAGAAGUAUCGAAAGAUGAGGAGGAGGAAGAUGAAGAUGACGAUGACGAAGAUGGUGACCUUUCGAAGUACAAAUUGGAUGAUGAUGAUGAUGAAGAUGAAGAUGGAGACUUAUCUAAGUAUGACCUUGAUGCCAGUGACGAUGACGGGGAAAACAAACAAACUAAGAAAAAGGACAGCCGUUCGGGUUCCUCCCGUUCCCGCUCGUCCUCCCGCUCCUCCAGCUCCAGUUCACGGUCGAGGUCCAGGUCCCGUUCUAGAAGCUCAUCUAGUUCCAGAUCUGGAUCUCGCUCCAGGUCCCGUUCCAGAUCCAGCUCCAGGUCUGGAAAGGGCUCCUCUCCCAGGAAGGCAUCCCAUUCACCCUCCUCCUCACCAGAGAGGAGGAAGAAGCGCAGUCGCUCUAGGUCCUCAUCUGGAGGGAGGAAACGGAGGCGCUCUAGAUCCCAUUCGUCCGAAAGGCGCCGUGGCCAGUCCUCUGGAUCCUCCCAUUCUGGCUCCAGUUUGAAAAAGAAAUCACUUUAAUACAACCUUUAAAACAAGAAAAUGAACUUAAGUACCAGUGCAUGUUUUGUUGAAAGAAAAACAGCCACAUCCAUUCAGUAUAAGGUAGAUUUUUUUUUUUUUUGCAGAAUUUCCAGAGUCUUAUUUGCCUUUUUUUUCCCUCUUCUUUUUCUUUAACCACAUCCACCGUAAUCUGUGACAAGUAUCUGUAACUGUAGGUGUCCAAUAAACACAAGUGUUUGGUCUGAAAUUUUAAACAAAACAAAAAAAAAAAAUCAAAUAUACUGUGAAGAGACGUUGACGAAUUCUAAACCCAUUCAGCUUAGAAUAUUCAUUGCAGUGCAUUUUAUCUUUGUUUUAUUGUUGUUGUCUUUUUUGUUUUUGACCGAAGGGAAGAUUAUGAGAUUAUUGUUGUUGUUUUGUUUGUUUUUUGUUUUUCUUUUUUAAAAUCAGUUUCAUUUAAAAGAUGCACCAAAUUGAAAUGUGACAGAUGUAGCUGUUAACUCUGGCCUGUUUUGUUUGGGUAAGCCUCAGUAUCUUAUUUUAUGUUUUCAAGGUAAGUAUUUUUGAUAUGAUAUUCCCUCUUUUCAAAAGUGAUGUCAAACAGAUUUAACAAUCUUAAAUAAGGGGUUUUUCUGCAAAAUUUUAAUGCUUCUAUUUUGUUUAAUUUUCUUUUCUUUUUGUUAUUUAAUUCCAGUUGUGUCCUAAGUAGCCACUCUUUGUUUUGUCAUGGUAUCAGUAGAUGACAGCUGUCCAGACUAAUGACACACAAACAGCCCACACCUUAAGAUCCCAGUUAUUGGUAAAAUAUGAUCAUGAAGUCUUUUUAUUGGCAAAGCAACUGAAAUGUACACGUGUAAAUAAAAUCCUGUCAAAGUUG